CACACGGUUCGUUCUAGCGGAGCUCUGCGACGCUUUGGCUGUUGGGGGAUUGUUCGGAACGGCUGCUUUACUCCGAGCUUCCCGUCCUGCCGGCUACCCAGGCUGGCCAUGGCCGAGUUCCUACCGCCGCCCGAGUGCCCCGUCUUUGAGCCCAGCUGGGAGGAGUUCGCUGACCCUUUCGCCUUUAUCCACAAGAUCCGGCCCAUUGCCGAGCAGACGGGGAUCUGCAAGGUGCGGCCGCCGCCGGACUGGCAGCCUCCAUUUGCAUGCGAUGUUGAUAAACUUCACUUUACUCCACGAAUCCAAAGGCUGAAUGAAUUGGAGGCCCAGACCCGGGUAAAACUGAAUUUUCUGGACCAGAUUGCAAAGUUCUGGGAACUCCAAGGAUGUGCACUUAAAAUCCCACAUGUAGAAAGAAAGAUCUUGGAUUUGUUCCAGCUUAAUAGGCUAGUUGCAGAAGAAGGUGGAUUUGACUUGGUCUGUAAGGACAGAAAAUGGACUAAAAUAGCCACCAAGAUGGGGUUUGCUCCUGGCAAAGCUGUGGGUUCACACAUCCGUGCUCAUUAUGAACGUAUUCUUUAUCCUUACAACUUAUUCCAGACUGGAGCUAGCCUACUGGCACCUGACAUUUGUUCCAAACUGAUGUGUUUAAUGGAUGAUGCAGUUCUGGAAAAGUGUUUUCAGAAGCCCGAUAUUACGAGUGGUACAAAGGACAAGGAAUAUAAACCCCACGAUAUUCCUCAAAGACAGUCUGUUCCACCAUCUGAAACUUGUCCACCUGCACGUCGAGCAAAACGCAUGAGAGCAGAGGCUACUAAUAUUAAAACCGAUUCAGAGGAAACUACAGAAACCAAAACUCACAACUUGAGACGAAGAAUGGGGAAUACCCCUGCAAAGCCUGACAGUGAUAAUAAAGAAUCUCAAAGCGUAGUGAAACGGGAAACUGUUGAAAAAAAGCAACCUGUUUGGGAAAUAGAUAGAGAAAAACCAAAGGGACGUUCUAAGAAAAGCUUUAAUGCAGUGGAUUUGUAUGUGUGUCUCUUAUGUGGCAGUGGUAAUGAUGAGGACCGUCUGCUUCUAUGUGAUGGCUGUGAUGACAGUUACCAUACCUUUUGCUUAAUACCACCUCUUCAUGAUGUUCCCAAGGGGGACUGGAGAUGCCCCCAAUGCCUAGCUCAGGAGUGUAAUAAACCACAAGAAGCAUUUGGCUUUGAACAGGCAGCCCGAGACUACACGCUUCGCACAUUUGGAGAAAUGGCAGACGCCUUCAAGUCAGAUUAUUUUAAUAUGCCAGUGCAUAUGGUUCCUACAGAACUGGUUGAGAAAGAGUUCUGGCGUCUUGUUAGCACAAUUGAAGAGGAUGUCACCGUGGAAUAUGGUGCUGACAUUGCUUCAAAGGAGUUUGGCAGUGGGUUUCCUGUGAGAGGUGGGAAAAUUAAACUAAGACCAGAAGAAGAGGAGUAUCUUGAUAGUGGAUGGAAUUUGAACAAUAUGCCUGUGAUGGAACAGUCUGUACUUGCUCACAUCACUGCAGAUAUAUGUGGAAUGAAGUUGCCCUGGCUGUAUGUAGGGAUGUGCUUUUCCUCAUUUUGCUGGCACAUUGAAGAUCACUGGAGCUAUUCUAUUAACUAUCUGCACUGGGGGGAGCCUAAAACAUGGUAUGGAGCCCCAGGAUAUGCAGCAGAACAACUGGAAGAUGUCAUGAAGAAGCUGGCUCCUGAGCUAUUUGAAUCUCAGCCAGACCUUUUACAUCAGCUGGUUACAAUUAUGAAUCCCAAUACAUUAAUGUCUCAUGGUGUGCCUAUUUACCGAACCAACCAGUGUGCUGGUGAAUUUGUGAUUACAUUUCCAAGAGCCUAUCAUAGUGGCUUUAAUCAAGGUUUCAACUUUGCUGAAGCUGUAAAUUUCUGCACUGUUGACUGGUUGCCAUUGGGUCGCCAGUGUGUGGAGCACUAUCGCAUAUUAAACCGCUAUUGUGUGUUUUCUCAUGAUGAGAUGAUAUGUCGAAUGGCUGCCAAAGCUGAGACUCUUGAUGUAGUGGUAGCUUCUACUGUUGAGAAAGACAUGGCUAUUAUGAUUGAAGAUGAAAAGGCUUUACGGGAGGCUGUGUGUAAGCUGGGAGUUACUGAUUCAGAGAGAAUGAAUUUGGAAAUUUUGCCUGAUGAUGAACGACAGUGCAUAAAGUGUAAAACCACUUGCUAUAUGUCUGCAGUCUACUGCUCUUGUAACCCUGACUUAUUGGUAUGCCUAUAUCAUGUAGAGGAUCUCUGUACGUGUCCCACUUACCAAUACAAAAUGGGAUACCGAUAUUCAGUAGAUGAACUUUAUCCAAUGAUGAACGCACUUAAGUUACGGGCAGAAUCCUACAAUGAAUGGGCUUCUAAUGUGAAUGAAGCUUUGGAGGCAAAAGUUAAUAAUAAAAGAAGUCUCAUGAGUUUCAAAGCUUUAAUUGAAGAAUCUGAAGUGAGGAAGUUUCCAGACAAUGACUUACUACGACACCUCCGUUUAGUUACUCAGGAUGCAGAAAAAUGUGCCUCAGUUGCACAGCAGCUUCUUAAUGGCAAAAGGCAAACCAGAUAUCGGUCUGGAGGAGGAAAAUCUCAAAAUCAGCUGACUGUUAAUGAACUCCGCUUAUUUGUUAGGCAGCUCUAUGCUUUGCCAUGUGUCCUCAGUCAAACAACAUUGCUAAAGGAUCUACUUAAUCGUGUGGAAGACUUCCAGAAGUAUAGCCAAAAACUCCUCUCUGAAGAAAUUCCCAGUGCUUCAGAACUACAGGAACUUUUGGAUGUCAGUUUUGACUUUGAUGUUGAUCUUCCUCAGUUAGGUGAAUUACGGAUACGCCUAGAACAAGCACGUUGGCUGGAAGAUGUACAUCAGGUUUGCUUGGACCAAAAUUCUCUCACUCUGGAUGAUAUGAGAAGACUUAUAGAUUCUGGUGUUGGACUAGCUCCUCAUCCUGCAGUUGAGAAGGCAAUGGCUAGACUGCAAGAGCUCUUAACAGUGUCUGAACACUGGGAUGACAAAGCUAGAACCCUGAUAAAAGCCAGACCACGGCAGUCAUUAAGUAGUCUUGAAGCAGCAGUGAAGGAGAUAGAGGAAAUUCCUGCUUACCUUCCCAAUGGCAUAGCUCUGAAAGAUGCUGUGAAAAAGGCCAAAGAUUGGCUACAGGAAGCGGAAGGCUUGCAGGCUGGUGGACGUGUACCUGUAUUAGAUACACUUGUGGAACUUGUGUCAAGAAGUCGGUCUAUUCCGGUACAUCUGGAAUAUCUGCCAAGACUAGAAUCAUUAGUGGCUGAGGUUCAAGCCUGGAAAGAGUGUGCAAUCAAUACUUUUUUGACAGAGAACUCUUCUUAUUCUCUUCUUGAGGUGUUGUGUCCAAGAUGUGAUAUUGGAACAUUGGGAUUUAAAAGAAAAACAAAGAAAUUAAAAGAGCCUGUCCCAAGUGGAAAAAAGAGGAGCACCAAAUUAGAGAGUUUAAAUGAUUUAGAAAGAGCUUUAACCGAGAGUAAAGAAACUGCUGCUGCGAUGGCCACACUCAGUGAAGCCCGUUUAAAGGAGAUGGAAGCACUGCAUAUUCUAAGAGCAGCCAAUGAAGAAAAAAGCUUCUCUAAUGAACAGGAUAUAGAGAUCAAAGUUUGUCUCUGCCAGAAAGAGCCAGCAGCACCGAUGAUACAGUGUGAGCUAUGCAGAGGGGUCUUCCAUACAAGCUGUGUUUCAGCACCCAGCAAUUUGCAGGAACCUCGGGUGUGGCUCUGUCCUCACUGCCAUAGAUCUGAAAAGCCACCUUUAGAAAAGAUUCUACCUUUACUCGCCUCUUUGCAGCGUAUUCGCGUGAGACUGCCGGAGGGAGAUGCUUUGCGGUAUAUGAUUGAGAGAACCGUGAACUGGCAACACAGAGCACAGCAAAUGUUAUCCUCAGGGAAUAUAAAACUUACACAAGACAAAGUGGGCUCAGGGAUACUGUAUAGCAGAUGGCAAACCAUGGCAGGCCAAUUGCAAGAGACUAGUAAGGUUUCACAGACAAUUGGUGCUACAUCUUUCUCUUUGCCUCAUGACUGGAAUAACAGACCCAUACAUUUACACUCUCCUUUUUCUACAGGACAAAACUGUAUCCCCCUUCAUGCCAUAAGUACAGAGCUCAAUGAACUAAUGAUGGAAGCCCAAUUGCUACAAGUCUCACUACCUGAAAUACAAGAGUUGUAUGAGACUUUAUUCACAAAGCAGACCCCUGUUUCAAAAACAGAGCAGAAGUCACCAGUUGGACCAGCAAGUGAAAAGAAUGACUGUCGAGGAAAGAGAGAUGGCAUUUGCUCUAUGGAAAAGAAACUGAAGAGACGUUUUGAGAGAGGGGAAUACUGCAGUGAGAUGAGAACAAGAGUCAGGAAAAUAACUCCCAAGAAGAAAAAACUGAAAUUGACUCAUUUGAGGGAACUGAAUACUAGCAAGCUGGAAAGAGAGAGGCUGUUUGACAUUCAACACUCUGGUGAAAGCCAGUUGCUUCUUUCAGAUAUGUCCUUUUCUGAACAGGAAGAGUCUGAAGAUGAGGAUGCCGUUUGUCCAGCUGUUAACUGCCUGCAGCCUGAAGGUGAUGAGGUGGACUGGGUCCAAUGUGAUGGCUGCUGCAACCAGUGGUUCCAUCAAGUGUGUGUGGGUGUUUCUCCAGAGAUGGCAGAAAAAGAAGAUUACAUUUGUGUAAGCUGUACUGGAAAGGACUCUCCAUAUCGAAAGUAGAAUGCCUGAGGAGCAUUCAGGACUCUACAAAAGAAGAUGAUGAGAUUUUUCUCCAUAAAGAGAAAAAUGGUUUUAGAGCCAAGUUGCAAAUGGUGCUACUUCUAUCCUCAUGGGAUCAUUUUUCAAAACUUAAAACAAUUUGACACUUUUGUAUUUUUAUCCUUUAAGCUGUUUGUGGUUAUUGAGGUUUGAAAUGCUGACUGUUUAGCCAGGGGUUCUCGCCAAUUUGAAAGGCAUCAAACAGGCACCUUUUCAUGUAUAGCAUUUAAUUACCUCUUUGGAAUUUACCAGCACACUUAAUCAACUCUGUUUAGGUGCAAAAUACUGCACUAAGAAUCCCCAGAAUUCCUCUUUUUGAAGAAAUCCCUGUUUACUCUCUUGAACGUUUUUGAAAACUUUAGAUUUUUCCCCCACUUUGAUUUUUUAGACUAGAUUUAUUUAUCUGAGCAAUAACUUCUGUGUCUGGUUUCAGUGACUGGAAUUAUAAUUCUGACAGCGUGUUGGUGCUUUUAGCAUUGGUGAAUGUACAGAAAGCAAAUGUUUAGUUUCUAGUGUCACUGAUGGACUAGUGAUGUAGGAGACAGAAAAGCUCUGUAAAGUAAUGGCCACAGCUGUAUUUUGGCUUUUUCUUCUUUUUUGGUAGCUUGUAUCAAAUGUUGCAGUUUAUAUUGUGGAAUAAACCCUUGGUUAUGUUACAAAAUUAAA